AUGCAGACUACUUCUACAAACAUGUGUGAAAGAAUGGAUCGCUCUCAGGAGCUCAGUGAAUUCAAGUGUGGUACCGUGAUAGGUUGCCACCUGUGCAAUAAGUCCAUCCGUGACAUUUCCUUACUACUAAAUAUUCCACGGUCAACUGUUAAUGGUAUUAUAACAAAGUGGAGGAAAAUGGUAACAGCAGCAACUCAGCCACGAUGUGAGCAGGGUCAGCACAUGUUGAAGCACACAGUGUGCAGAAGUCGGCAACUGUUGGCAGAGUCAAUAGCUAAAGACCUCCAAACUUCAUGUGGCCUUCAGAUUAGCAGAACAGUGCUUAGAGAGCUUCAUGGAAUGGGUUUCCAUGGC